CCAGCGCGCAGCGCAGCGCCGAGGGACGGAGCUGUGGGAGCGCACGGCGGGGCACCACGAUGGAGCGGUACAAAGCACAGGGGUGUUGCUGUCUGGUGAUGCAGAGAAGGAUCCUGCAGGUCUCUGCUUCCUUAGAGCAGCUGCUGACCGAGCUGGAAGACUUCCUCAGGAUCCUGGACCAGGAGAACCUCAGCAGUGCAGCCGUGGUGAGGAAGAGCGGCCUGGCUGAACUCCUCCACCUCUACAUCAAGAGCAGCAGUUCUGAUGAAGAGUACAUUUACAUGAACAAAGUCACCAUCAACAGGCAGCAGAAUGCAGAGUCUCAGGACAAAGUGCCAGAGGAACAGGGCCCACUGAUCAACGGGGAGCUCAGCCUGCACACGUCCGCCCCUCAGAAGAGCCUCCCCGACCUCCCGCCAUCCAAGAUGAUUCCAGAGCGAAAACAGCUUGCUGUCCCAAAGGUUGAGUCUCCAGAGGGCUACUACGAAGAGGCAGAGCCAUAUGACACUUCCAUUAAUGAAGAUGGAGAGGCGGUGAGCAGCUCUUAUGAGUCCUACGAUGAAGAGGAGAGUGGCAAGGGCAAGUCGGCCCCCUACCAGUGGCCCUCGCCGGAGGCCAGCAUCGAACUGAUGCGAGAUGCCCGGAUCUGUGCCUUCCUGUGGCGCAAGAAGUGGCUGGGCCAGUGGGCUAAGCAGCUCUGUGUCAUCAGGGACACCAGGCUCCUGUGCUAUAAAUCCUCCAAAGACCAUAGCCCUCAGCUGGACGUGAACUUGCUGGGCAGCAGCGUUGUGCACAAGGAGAAGCAAGUGCGGAAGAAGGAGCACAAGCUGAAGAUUAUGCCAAUGAACGCCGAUGUGAUCGUGCUGGGCCUGCAGAGCAAGGACCAGGCUGAGCAGUGGCUCCGGGUUAUCCAGGAGGUCAGUGGCCUCUCUUCUGAAGGAGCAUCCGAGGGGAACCAGUACACCCCAGAUGCCCAGCGCCUGAAUUGUCAGAAACCAGAUAUAGCUGAGAAGUACUUGUCAGCUGCAGAGUAUGGAACUGCUGUGGAUGGGCACCCCGAGGUGCCAGAGACUAAAGAUGUCAAGAAGAAAAGUUCGUCUGGCCUUAAACUGAGCAACCUAAUGAACCUGGGAAGGAAGAAAUCCACCUCACUGGAACCCACAGAGAGAUCCCUUGAGACAUCAAGUUACCUGAAUGUGUUGGUGAACAGCCAGUGGAAGUCCCGCUGGUGCUCUGUCAGGGACAAUCACCUACACUUCUACCAGGACCGGAACCGGAGCAAGGUAGCUCAGCAGCCGCUCAGCCUGCUGGGCUGUGAAGUGGUCCCAGACCCAAACCCUGACCACCUCUACUCCUUCCGCAUCCUCCACAAUGGCGAGGAACUGGCCAAGCUGGAGGCCAAAUCUUCCGAGGAGAUGGGCCACUGGCUAGGCCUCUUGCUCUCUGAAUCAGGCUCCAAGACAGACCCAGAAGAGUUCACCUACGACUAUGUGGAUGCUGAGAGGGUUUCGUGUAUUGUGAGUGCUGCCAAAACCUCCCUCUUACUGAUGCAGAGGAAGUUCUCCGAGCCCAACACAUACAUCGAUGGUCUACCCAGCCGGGACCUCCAGGAGGAGCUGUAUGAUGACGUAGAGAUGUCGGAGCUGGCAGCUGGAGUAGAACCUGCUGGGGAGACCGCCCCUGCCACAGAUAUCAUGACUGAGAGUGAGCUUGACCGAGUCUACCUGGACCUCACGCCAGUCAAGUCCUUCCUAUACAGCCCCAGCGGGGCCCAGGCCCGGGCCACCUCCCCUCCAUCACUGUACCUGGAUCAUCUGGCUGAUGGCCUCCCUGUAGACCCAAGUCCAGGCCCCACCCCCGAUGAACUCUGCAGGAAGUCUCCAGAGGACUUGGCAGGCCAGAGGCAGCUGGAGAGCCAGGAGCCUGAGGAACUCACCCUGAAAACCCCCACGGUCAAGUUGCAGGCUGAGCAGCAGAGAAUCUCUUUUCCAGCAAAUUGUCCUGACACCAUAGCUACUGCACCAGCCAGUGCCAGCCCACCCGUGAAGGACAGGCUGCGGGUGACCAGUGCAGGGCUUCUCCACUCUGGGUCUGUAGAGAUCAAACUUGGCAAGAAUCGGACAGAGGCUGAAGUGAAGCGGUACACAGAAGAGAAAGAACGACUGGAAAAGAAGAAGGAAGAGAUCCGGGGGCAUCUGGCUCAGCUCCGGAAAGAGAAACGAGAGCUGAAAGAGACUUUGUUAAAAUGCACAGACAAGGGAGUCCUGGCCAACCUGGAGCAGAAGCUGAAGGAAAUUGAUGAGGAGUGCCGCAUCGAGGAGAGCAGGCGUGUGGACCUUGAGCUCAACAUCAUGGAGGUGAAGGAAAACCUGAAGAAGGCUGAAGCUGGGCCUGUGACACUGGGCACCACUGUGGACACCACCCACUUGGAUAACAUAAGCCCCCGUCCCAAAGCUGCCUCUCCUAUCCCUGUCUCAGACUGCACCCCUGUCAACUCUGCUUCCGUGCUUAAGAACAGGCCUCUUUCGGUCAUGGUCACAGGCAAAGGCACCGUGCUACAGAAAGCUAAGGAAUGGGAGAAGAAAGGAGCAAGUUAGAAAUUCAACACCAUCUAAAGACUCUUGUCAGUAUGGACCUUCUUGACAAUCCUGCUUCAGUAAAGUCUUCAUUAAAACAGAAACUCUGAGCAAGGGUGAACCUGUUUGGAAGAAAAAGCCAGGACUGGAAUACAACAAAUAAAGAGCUUUGGCUGAAAAAAGGGAAGCUCUGUCCCUUUGCUAAGUCAAAGGGAAUGUAACAGCAACAAAGGCUUCUUUGUAAACCUAAGUCUUUUAGCUGCAAGUCAUUGUUGUAUUUAGGAUGUUCUGUGUUUCACUUUUGAAGUUUUAUCCAUUGCUUUAUCAAGAUUUUUAAGUAGCAAAAAGCUUCUGAUGAUUAGACUUUGAUGGAAGAAAAGUUUAGGUUUCAGGGUCAGGUGGCUUUGUUAACUGAGAAGAUCUAAACACUUGACUGUCGUCACUUAUCUGAUACCUGUCAGUACUGGGGGUUAAACCAUCCUUGCCUCCAGUAUUAGUUGGUCCAUCUCUUCAGUGAUUUUAAACAGCAUUGAUAGCAUUGGUGUAAAACCACUUAAAUUAUGGACUUUGAAAUUCAAACAAAGGAACUGUUUGGGAUGAAGCUAAGACAAUGACCCUACUAAAGUAAGGACUUUUUUUUCCAGUGCAAGGCAGGCCUUAAUCAACUACUUUUAAAUAAAGUUGUAAGUGAUGCCAUAACAUAUAGAAAAAUAUGUUUUAAACUCCAUCAUUUAGAGCAAUGAAAUUUGAAUUUAACUUUACAUCACUAUAGAAAAGCAAUUAUUGUGUUUACAGAUUCAGUCCUGUGAUCAAGUUACUUUUAGGAAAGAAUUAUUUAAUAUAAUAUUCUUUUAGUCUCAUUUUGAAGAUAUUUUAAUUUCCAGUCCCCUUUCAAGAGAAAAAUAUGGUGAAUUGGUUAGGGUAGCCUGCUUCUUCUCUUAAAAUUGGCAGUACUAUUCUCUGUGCUGCUCCAUUUCCUCCUGUGACAGUGUUGUUGGCUAGCAGAGGUUGAAACAUUUCAUAUGUUAUCCCUGCCUUGUUUCUUGGAAUCUGAAUCAGAGUUCUCUAACACUGAUUCCUUAAAGUCUUUUUAGAUUUUUUUUAAUUGUAUUUCUAAUCCCAGGGCAUUUAUUUCCUGUGUCAUAAACACUUGGUAACCUUUACCAAGUGGUGAGUUCAAUUUUUUUAAAUAAAAUGGUCAUUGUA